AUGAAGCAACGUUUGUUCAGUUUGCGUAUGGAGGAAGGUACGUCUCUCAGGAAUCAUCUAGAUCAACUCAAUACCAUCUUGCUAGAUCUGCGGAAUAUUGAUGUUAAAAUAGAUGAUGAGGAUGCUGCCUUAAUUCUGUUAGUAUCUUUGCCACAAUCAUAUGAGAAUUUUGUGGAUUCUUUUAUUGCUGAGAAAGAUAGUUUGUCUUUGGAAGAUGUCAGAUCUGCUCUACAUACUAGAGAGGUUCGACAUAAGGCAUCUGGUUCAUGUUCAGAAAAUCAGGCAUCUGGGUUGGCUGCUACGAGUAGUAGGAGACAACAAUCUGGUAAUAGGAAGGCGAAUAUAAAUUCGAAUUCUGCUGGUUUGAAGGAUGAUAUCUGUCAUUACUGUAAGGAGAAGGGAUAUUGGAAAUUCGAUUGUCCUAAACUAAAGAAGUAUCAGGAGAAGAAGGAAUCAUCCGUUGUUGUGGCGGAAGAAACUAACUCUGAUUCUGAAGAUGGUUUAGCCUUAGAAGUGAAUGAACAGGUACAUCAUCAGGAUGUGUGGUAUUUGGAUACUGCAACUGAUUAUCAUAUGUGUCCAAGCAGGGAGUGCUUUUCAACUUAUGAGCAGAUAGAUGGAUGACAUAUUUCUAUGGCCAAUGGUGCUAUCUGUAAGAUUGUUGGAAGAGACUUUUGAAGAGUUUGGUGUCUGAAAAUUUUGGUUGCAUUUGAGUUUGGCGGUUUCGAUCGCAUUUGGAUACGUCUAGCAAUAUGUAUCGCAUCUGGGUACAUCUGGCAACUUUGGUUGCGUUUGGUACAUCUGACAACUUUGGUUGCGUCUGGUACAUCUGGUAUUUGACAGAGAAUUCAAGUCAAGGUGGAGAUUGUUAGAAUAUGACUUGAAUUUGAUUUGGGUUUGUUUUGUGUUUGGGCCUAUUUUGUUUCGGUUUGGGAUUGGGUUUUAUUUUGACCUUUUCCUUGUAUGUUUGGAUAAAGGUAUUUGGUUUUC